AUGAGAAACCAAUGGGAACCCAUGAAACAUUUAGGACGAGCGCGACCAGCAGCCCAACACCCUCUACCAGAUAUUACCUCUGAUGCGACGCCAGCACUUGAAGCUUCUACAAACUUGACGGAAUCAACUCCAACUUCGAUACAGAAUUUUGGAUACGAUAGUUUACUAAACGCGACCGGGCCAACUUUGGGCGCUAAUUACCCCGUCCAAUUUUCAUCAGUUCCGCCAAAUGGGCACGCCUUAGCUCCCAUCUCCUCUCGACGAGUAGUGCUAGAUGAAAUCACACUUUUCAGAACCUUUCCGAGAGAGAUCCAACUGAUGAUCUGGGAACAGGCCGUCGAUAUAAAUCCGCGAAAUGUUCCAGUUGGAAUCAUGCCACAAUUAGGGCCAGGAGGAUUCAAGUUCGGAACCGAUAUUCCUAUUCCAGAAGGUUUUAUGGCGUGUAAAGAUUAUUACGAGGCAGCCAAGAAACGCUACAGUCUAUUGGAUGGCCGCCUGAAGGCUAACGAUAUGACCAUGGUGCAACAUCUUCCAUCUAACUUCUGGUUCAAUUCCGCGAUCGAUAGAUUCUGCCCCGUUCAGGAGUGGAGUCCUCACAACUUUGAAAUUGGUCUCAAGCUUUUCUUUCAAAUACUCCAAGUUUCGAAAAUUGCGAUUAAUGACUACGCGGCCGAUGAUGCUCACCAUAAUGGCGAGACAUGGCAAAAACUUUUUCACAAGGAAGGAAUCUCGAAUUGGAGCCCAUACGUCAAAGAUAUAUUCUACUAUAUCACGUUUCAACGUUUGAACACAGAUAUAGAACUCUCCUUCGUACCUAACAACAGACCAUCAGACGACCCAGGUAGAUUCUAUUUCCAGAGAUUUGUUCAUGCCUACAAGCAUUGGACCCAGAUACUCGAUGCUAAAAAGGGAUACAAAGGGCUGGCCCACCUUCAGGCAGACCAGAUGUGGCAAGAUGAAGUGGCCGAAAGAGAGGGUAAUCCUAGAGUAAAGCUCACUGAUGUUCCUCAAUGGCUAUUUGAUGUCGAGAGUGAUUGGUCAGUUGCACAACCCAGGUUGAUGAUCGAGACACAGACCUUUACAGCUCAUAAGCACUCAAGUCUCAGGAUUGCUAUGCCACAAUGGUGA